AGACUGCACCAUGGCUCCUUUGACAGAAACGAUCACGGAGAGGCAUCCCAGCGCUCGAACCGAAACCACAUCGGUGGUAGCCAAAACGAACCAAGAGGCGGCUCCAAAAAAGUACGAAAUUGAGAUGGUCUGGUGGAACGUGUUCAAGAUCACGCUCAUCCACGUCAUCGGUAUUUAUGGCAUCUACGAGAUGUACUACAGCAAGUGGCAGACGCACGUCUUUGGCAACAUCAUCCUCAUCUUCUCUGGCAUCAGUGUCACGGCUGGAGCGCACAGGCUCUGGUGCCACCGAGCGUACAAGGCGAAGAUGCCACUCAGAAUUUUCCUCAUGAUCUUCAACUGCGUGGCGGCUCAGAACGACCUGUACGAGUGGGUGCGCGACCACCGCGUCCACCACAAGUACUCGGAGACCGAUGCCGACCCACACAACGUGAACCGCGGAUUUUUCUUCGCACACGUCGGCUGGCUCAUGUGCAGGAAACACCCAGAAGUGACCGAGAAGGGCAAGCACAUCGACUGCAGCGACAUCAUGCAGGACCCCGUAGCAAGAUUCCAGAAACAGUACUACAUGCGGCUGGUGUUUCUAUUCUCCUUCAUACUGCCUACCGUUCUCCCGGCUUGGCUCUGGGGCGAGUCGUACUGGAACGCCUUCUGCACGGCCACCAUGCUGCGCCUCAUCCUGUCACUCAACUUCACCUGGUCGGUGAACAGCUUCGCCCACCUCUGGGGCAACAAGCCUUUUGACAAGAGCAUCUCUCCCACCGAGGCUCCCUGGGUGUCCUUCGUCGCCGUCGGUGAGGGCUUCCACAACUUCCACCACACGUUCCCCUGGGACUACUCGACCAGUGAGCUGGGAUGGAAGCUCAACAUGAGCACCAUGUUCAUCGACAUCAUGGCGAAGCUGGGGCAGGCGUACGACCUCAAGGUGGUCUCCAGAGAGGCCGUCUUAGCCCGAAAGUUGAGGACUGGAGACGGCACGCGGCUACCCAGGAGGUUCCGCAAUAUGGCCACAGCGGAAAGAGAAAGCGCUGCCGCAGCGGCGACAGCGGCGGUAACGGGAACAAGCCAGGGCUGAGGGCUGCUAAAUAUGCUUGAACGAAGAGAAAUUUACAAGCGGUACGGAUAGAAGUGGCACCAAUGAUCGGCAGGGGGACUGCUGCAAGUGAAAGAAACCUGCAUCAGUGAGCCGCCGUAGUAACGAUCAUGCAUGGACUACCACAUGCUUCGGACAAGUGUGCCGUGUUCAAAUGGAGAUUAUUACGACUUGCCCUGAUGCCUCCUUUACGGGGCUGCCUUAUAGCAUAUACCAUCUCACCGCUUUGAAGUCUUCCUGACAGCUACGUACAUCGCAUGUUGGCGGUCUUUGUGCGCAGAAAAGACGUCGCGUCACAACAUGCCUCGGCUUGAAUACAAGGAAAAUAAUUAUUUGAGCUGACUCACAAACACAAUGACUAAUCUGCGUUAUAGUGAGAAAAAUGCUUCGUGUUUGCAGAGGCGUAUCUUUGCGUGCAUAGCUUACGCAUACUAUAAAAGGCUGCGACAAGUGCUCGUACAAGAACUCGACAAGUCAGUGUCUUCGCAAAGAAUCAACUUGCAACAAGCUCUCGAAGAAGAGAGUAGUCAUCACGCGCUCCGCUUUUUGUGGUUCAAUUGAGGUAGCUUUCAAGUGUGGAAGCAACAAGUCUUGCACGUGUACUGUAAUGGACUCAAGAGUGUGCAUGCGCACGCUUUCACUUCAUUACCACUGAGUUGUCUUCGUGCUUUUCUCUCGC